GACCCUCUGAAAGUGGAAAGAGCAUUUUUUAAAGAGUAAUAAGAAAAACAAUUAUCUUUGAACUCUCUCUCUCUCUCUGCGAUCUAUGCCUGAAGUGGAAGUGGAUAACAACAACGAGAAGCCAUCUGAGAUUAACAGUUUCCAUCAUGAUCAUAAGUAGUAGUAAAAAUGUGUUGAAAAUGGAAGAAGAAGUUGAGGUGAGCAAGAAGAGGAAAUUUCAGACAGAUCAAUCUGAUGAGUUAUCAUUACUACCUCUUUCCAAGCACGCUUGUUUCGCCAAUGUUGCUUGUUCUGACAAUACCAAUGUUAGCUCGGAGAUUGAUACAGCGUAUUCAAUGUCUUAUGUGAACUCAACAACUUCUAUGGAAUGUAACAAUGAUAUUGAGAUGAAAGAGGAAUCAUCUGGAUCGUGCGGUGAAGACAAGAUGAUCUCUUUCGAAAGCCAUCUAGAUUACAUCUAUGGGACUCAGAAUCUGGAGGAUUUUUCAGAUAAAGUCAUUGAAAACAUUCUCUAUCUCGAUGAACAAGAAGAAGAAGAAGAAGCUAAAGGAUGUAGUAGUAAUGCUGCUAAGUUUGUUCUGUCCUCUGGGAGAUGGACUGUUAACCAAGAUUCUUCUACUCUACAUGAGACAAAGAAGCCAACCAUUGAUCAAGAAUUUGAACAAUACUUCUCAACACUAAUGCUGUGACAUAAUGAUGUUAAGACUCAAAACAUAUAUGAAGAUAUGUACAUAGAGCUGUACUCAUUCUGUUUUGAUUCUUGUCAACCUUAAAACGUUCAAUUCAAAGUGAUUAGAGAGCUUCUUUGAAAUGUUUGUAAACAGGAUACAAAUAAAGCAACAACCCCUUUGCAGCUCUA